AUGCCGACUGUACUUGUUCUGGGUGAAAAAAACUGUGUUGACUUUUUGCGGAUUUUUCCUUUUAGGUGCGCGCCAGUUAUAGUACUAGCUGCUCGAUUUACAUUUACAUUUACACAAUUUUUCGGGCUGCAGCUCCGUUGUUCUGCGACACUAGUUAGUAUGCUAUAUUCCUUAGUUCGAGGAUAUACCUUAUUGGUUCUUUAUUUCAUGUCGCAAUCAUUAUCAUUUGUUCUCUAUUACUGGACGGCUUUCAUAAGUACUUAUCCACCGCGCUCCCGGAGGUCGAUCGUGGGAGCAGCAGUGUAGGUGCUGCUGAAAAUAAUCUUUGAAGCGCUUGUAGUUCUUCAUGUACCACGGACAAGUACCUGCUGUCGUCCGUGGUGCUCUUCAUUUGAUGUACAUCAACUUCUAUAUCUAUUGUUCAUCGAUUCUUGAAAACAAAAUCAAAACCUAAACUGCUGCACAAAUUUAUCAAUUUUCCAUCUUAUACAUCAUUUCAUUCAGUACGUGCGCAUUUUUCUUUCUUUCAUUUCUACACUUUAUACGCAUUUAUCAUUUUAGUGCAGCAGGGCGAGCUGCAAGAUGAAGAACGGAUUUUUAUACCUCAUCCACAUAUCGUUAUCGUUUUUUUCUCUACAAAUAUCCACCAUCUUCAAGACGAAAAAGCUCGUAGCCCGCAUGACGUUAUGCCGGUCGCUCUAGUACUAUUUUUAUCGUAUGUCGUCCUCGUCCUCGUGCACCAGUCCUGCUCAGACCCUGUAGUACGUUUAUCGAACAAACUUCUACAUCCCAGAAGCUAGUAAAGGUAAACGGCCCGUCGAAUAAAAAAGGAACAGUCACACUACGCGUGCCGGUGCUCUUACUCCACUUCAAUUGUUACAACUUCACCAUGGGGGCCUGUUGAUAGAUAGUAGUUGUGUGCUCAGUUGUUUUAUUUUCAUCGGAGAAAGGCAAAGGAGACGAUCUGGUAGUUAAAUGCAUCUUUUCCAAGAACCUGCAGACAAGUAUCCAACAGCAGUAGAACAAGGCGGGAAGAACAACUGCAGCGGCUUGGUGAAAGCAAGUGCAGUUUUGUUUCUAGUGGUACACGAUGAGGACGAGGACAACGACAACCUCAAGUCAAGGCUUCGUGGUCGUGGUGUUUUCUACACUAAAAAGUGCAGCAGGAAUUAUUGCGAGCAACAAACUUAUUUGCGCGGAACAAUAUUAAGUACUUGAUUGCGAGUGGAAGGAGUAGCUGCUUACAGCUUGUUCCUGUUUUCUCUUUUUGUUCACUCAUUGGCAAGAACCUGUUGAUGUACUGAGACAGCAACAUCACUUCUACGACUUAAAAACCACAACUCCUACACCAGCAACCGAUUGGGUUUGAACUUGAAAUUAAAUUUAUGUACUUUCUUAUCCCUCGCCAGUUUUUAUUUCUAGAUUUUAAUGUUACCGCCCAUAUUUGUCGUAGGAUUUUUCACGACAUGUGGUCCUCGUGUAGAAGCUAAGAGGAAAUAAACUAGUACAUCAAAUGCUUGAGCUUCGUUCUGUAUAUUCCCCGCGCGCCGAGGGGAUAAAGAUAAACAGGGUUCUGCUGAGAAGAGGAGGCGAAGAACCAGAAGAGCCAGCAAAUAUUCAACAACUUCUACCACACGCAUUAACAAGCACACAGGGAGGACGAGAAGCUACUAGUAGAAGAAGAGCUUCGCCGCGCAUACAACAGUAGUUGGAAAUUUCGCAACGAUCAAAAAAUCUUCUGUCCUCACGCAAGAACUACAUAAAGCCCA